GGGUGGUCUCCUGGUUCCUUCUCUUUGGCCACCGUGGAAGAGAGACCAUGGAACCCCUCUAUCAGGCCGGGUCCAUUCUCAUGACGGUGAAUACUCUACAAGGGAAGAAGAUGGUGGAGAGUGGCCUCCAGUCUGGGGACUUUUCCCUCUCCCAGUCGUGGCCCUCCUGCCUCCCACCGCCAGCUGACUUGGAGAAACUGCAGCAGAAGGUGGCCGGGGUGCAGCGGGAGCUGGAGGACUUUAAGCAGGAGGCACUGAAAGCCAUUCAUUACCUGGAAGACGCCUUCUGCGAGAUGAAUGGCGCCCUGGCGCAGCAAGAGGAGCAGGCGGCCCGCGUGAAGCAGAGGCUGAGGGAGGAGGAAGACCGCGGCAUCGUGCGCAACAAGGUCCUCACCUUCCUGCUGCCGCGGGAAAAGCAGCUCCGGGAGCACUGCAAGCGCUUGGAGGACCUGCUCCUGGCAGGGGCCGCGGCGCGCUGGGCGUCCCCAAGAAGGCCGAUUGAACCUCCUGGGCUGCGCCAAUGA